AACGACAUGUAUAGCAGGGCGUCGUGUCGAGACGAAAGGUAUAAAGGCGGCCGCUCUUGAAGCGUAGUUCUUCUGUCCCUCAUCCUCAUCAAACAGUCUCUCGCCUCGCCUAGCCACCUGCUCUUCAAAGCUCCUCACUGCCUUUCUUCCAUCUGCUUCUUCUGUGGCAAACCCUUGGGCACACAUUCGAUCAAUCAACACAAUCGCAAAGAUGAAGUUCCAACUCUCCACCGUCUUGGUCCUGGGUGCCAUCCUCUUCGCCUCCGGCGUCGCCGCAGACAACAUCGGCAUUAGCGGCUCCGGUGCCUCUUACACAGCUGGAUGCUCCGCCGCCUACCCUACGGUCACGGUCACCGUUCUUCAAGACGCAUUUGGCAAAUUGACAACCAUCUUGCCAACGUUGCCCGCCAUCCAGACACCCAGCCUGCCGUUUAUUCCAACGAUCCCAGCUGGCAUCACAAAGGCGCUGAGCCCUGACGCGGCCAAACGCGCAGCAGGUGCCGUGGUCGACAACCUGACCGCCGCAAGCAACCAAGCUACUGCUGUAUCGAACGCGCUCCAAGGCACCCUGACCAACGGUCUCUCUGCCGGCGCUAAAAAUGUGGCGAGCCAGAUCGAUGCCGCAAGUGCCAAGCUCAAGGAAGGCCAGACCGCUUUGGAGAAGCUGGCAGGAACUGUGGAGGGCCAAGUCAACCGUGACGCCAUCACUGCGGCUUACCAAAAGUUCGCCGAUCAAACUCAAGCUCAGCUCACCUCUCUUGUUGCGAAGCGCGCGCUGCUUGACACCUACGCUGCUCAAAUCCGCGCGGCUUUGCUCAGGUACCAAGCUCAAGCCCAGAGCUACGCCAAGGCGCUCCAAAGCCGCGUGCCCACCGCAAAGGACUUGCCCAAGGCGAGCGCAAACCUCGAUGGUGGCUUCACCUUCACCCUUGGCAAGUUCUGAACGACUUCCCACCAACGGGGACCUCGCACGAUCUCUUCUUUUCCGCCUCCCGUCUUUUUUUCAAGCUCCAAGAUUC